AAACUUAAGAAAGUGGCGGACAUUGAAGAAGAGAGUAAGAUGGAGGGGAUUCAGCACAAAACAGUGAGUGUCAACGGCAUAAACAUGCACGUUGCAGAGAAAGGGGAAGGCCCACUCAUUCUCUUCCUCUAUGGCUUCCCCGAUCUCUGGUGCUCAUGGCGUCACCAGAUCACUGCUUUAGCCGCUCUCGGCUACCGUGCCUUGGCCCCCGACCUCUGCGGCUACGACAGAACCGAUGCUCCGGUUUCAAUCUCUGACUACACUUGCUUCCAAGUGGUGGGGGACCUCAUUGCGCUGUUGGACGCGGUUGCGCCGCCGGAGAAGGAGGACAAAGUUUUCAUCGUGGGUCAUGAUUGGGGAGCCAUCAUCGCUUGGUACUUGUGCUUAUUAAGACCGGACCGAGUCAAAGCUUUGUUCAAUAUAAGUGUGUCGUUUCUUCCUUAUAAUCCCAAGGCCAAACCGGUCGAGACCUGGAAAGCUUUAUUUGGAAAUGACUAUUACAUCGUCCAUUUUUAGGAACCAGGGGUAAUGGCAGCAGAGUUCGCAGAGAUUGGAGUAGGAAAAGCAGUGUUGGAUAAUUUAUCGUACCGGGUACCCGACCCACUUCUUUUACCGAAGGGAAAUCUGUUCAGACAUCCACCGGAUGCUCCGGUUGACUUGGCACCAUGACUGUCGCAACAAGAAGCUGA